UUGGAUGCAAUUUUUAAAUUUUAUUUAUUUAUUUUUAUGUGUUGUUGAGGAUCCAACCCAGGGCCUCCAAGGUGCUAGGCGAGCCCUCCCAGCCCCUAUUGGAAGAAACUUUAUUCAAUUCUUAUGAAGACUUGGACAAUGGUUCUGAGAACACGGAUGAAAUUUGAUAAUCUCUCUCAUCUAAGUUGACCCUCUAAGUGUAGCCAGACUCCAGGAUGGCCCCCAGUGAUCCCAUCUAUGGCUAAUCAUGCCUUUGGCUUGAUCCUCUCACACUGAAGGGCUGAUUUGGCUAUGACAGAAGCAAUGGUGACUUGAGGCUAGCCCAUAAAAGACAUUGUGGCUUUUGUCUUGGUUUCUCUCGUGGGUCACUUGCUCUGAGGGAAGCCAGCUGCCAUGCUCUAGGGACACUCAAACAGCCAUCUGGGGUGAUGCAUGUGGUGAAAACAGGUCUCCGGCCAACAGUCCUGUGAGCGAGGCAUCUCAGAAGCUGAUCCUGCGGCCCAAGUUCCAAAUCUCAGAUGACAGCAGCCCUGGCCUACAUCUUCACCGUAAUCGCACGAGACCUGGAGACAGCACUAGACAGCCACACCACCCCCAAAUUCCUGAACUACAGAACCCGUGGGACAACAAACGUUUGCUGCUUCGAGCUAGUAAGAUCUGGGAGGCGACUGUCAAGCAGCAACAGAUGACUAACGCACGGUCCAACCGGAGCAGCGACCACGGUGUUUUACGUCCUGCAACAGGACACACCCGGAGCUGCACUCAACCUCACGCUUCUGAGAGCAGYGCCACGAGACACGGGGUAGGACCUGGUCCUCGGGGACUGGUGAGCGGUGCAGACCGCAGCAUCCUUUCCGGCGCCAACGUCCCUCCAGCCACAGCGCAGCAGAAGCUGGCGGACGGUCCCUAGCUGCGGCGGACUCUGCGCCUGCGCAGUGCGCUUCGCGGCCCAGACAGCGUCGUCGCGCGCCGAGCCAUCGAUCGCCGGGGCCCCGCGGCAGGCUGGCGGCGCGGGCUCCAGGGGGCGCCCUGCCUGGAGCGGCUGAGAGCGGACGUUCCAGAGACGCGGCGGGAGGAGCGGCCUGCGCCCGCUGCACCUGAGCACCCCCAGUCAGCGGCGGCGAUCGCCGCCGCCCAAAGCCCCGCGGCCGAAGCGGGACCGCCGCCGCCAUGAAGCUGCGAGUGCGGCUUGAGAAGCGGACCCGGCCGCUGGACGUGCCCGAGGCGGAGCCGACGCUGGGGCAGCUGCGCGCGCACCUGAGCCAGGCCCUGCUGCCCACCUUGGGGUACAGUUCUGAUACCCGAUUUGCAAUUACAUUGAACAACAAGGAUGCCCUCACUGGAGAUGAAGAGACCUUGGCUUCGUAUGGGAUUGUUUCUGGGGACUUGAUAUGUUUGAUUCUUGAAGAUGCCAUGCCAGCACCUAAUUUACCUUCAUCCACAGAUUCAGAGCAUUCCUCACUCCAGAAUAAUGACCAACCCUCUUUGGCCGCCAGCUCCAGUCAGGCCAGCGUACCUGAUGAACAACGGAAUGAUUCAUUCCAAGGACAGGCAGCCCAAUCUGAUGUCUGGAAUGACGACAGUAUGUCAGGGCCUAGUCAAGCCUUUGAAGCUGAGUCAACCCAAGAUGUCGUGGAUAUGGAGGAGGGCUCAGGCUUCUGUCCCUCAGAACCCAUGCUCUGCAGCGAAGCCACGGAAGGGCAGGUGCCACAUUCCUUAGAGACCUUGUACCAGUCAGCCAGUUGUUCUAAUGCCAGCGAUGCCUUGAUAGUGUUGGUCCAUCUCCUCAUGUUGGAGUCAGGGUACAUACCUCAGGGGACUGAAGCCAAAGCUGUGUCCAUGCCAGAGAAGUGGAAGUCCAGCGGUGUGUACAGGCUGCAGUACACACACCCUCUCUGCGAGGGUGGCUCUGCGGCACUCACCUGCGUGCCUUUGGGAAACCUGGUCAUCGUCAAUGCUACACUAAAAAUCAACAGUGAAAUUCGAAGUGUGAAAAGAUUGCAGCUGCUGCCAGAGUCCUUUAUUUGCACAGAGGAGCCAGGGGAAAAUGCAGCCAAAGUGUACAAAGACCUUCAGAAGCUGUCCCGCCUCUUCAAAGACCAGCUGGUGUACCCUCUUCUGGCUGUCACCAGGCAAGCCCUGAACCUUCCAGACGUGUUCGGGUUGGUGGUCCUCCCAUUGGAACUGAAGCUGCGGAUCUUCCGACUCCUGGAUGUUCGCUCUGUGUUGUGUCUGUCUGCAGUCUGUCGGGACCUCUUUAUUGCUUCAAGUGACCCGCUGCUGUGGAGGUGUCUGUACCUGCGAGACUUUCGAGAUAGUACUGUCAGAGCUCGAGACACAGAUUGGAAAGAAUUAUACAGGAAGAGGCACAAACAAAGAAAAGAAGCUCAGAGAGGGCGGCACGUGAUGUUCCUGCCGUCUUCGCCCUACCCCAUCCCAUUCUAUCCCAGUCCCUUGCACCCCUUCCAUCCCAGCUCCCUGCUUCCUCCAGGAAUCAUCGGUGGUGAAUACGACGAAAGACCAACACUGCCCUAUGUCGGGGACCCUAUCAAUUCACUCAUCCCGGGGCCCGGGGAGACACCUGGCCAGUUCCCUCCACUCAGACCACGUUUUGAUCCAAUUGGCCCACUUCCGGGACCAAACCCUAUCUUGCCAGGGCGAGGGGGGCCCAAUGACAGAUUUCCCUUCAGGCCCAGUAGAGGUCGGUCACCUGACAGCCGGCUGUCAUUCAUGUGAUGGUUUGCAAUCUCACUCUGAGGCUCGACUGGUUUUGUUUAUGUGUUUUAAAGCUGCAGAUGCCGUCUCCCUGGGGUGCCGAUCUCUAGUGCUGAUUCUGAACAUGUGGUGAGAGUUGCACUCCCAGAGCUUCUGUGGGUAUUGACAGCUUCAGGGGUGGUGUGGCCUGAAGGCUGCUCUGUGGAAAGGUUGGCCACAGGAAUAGUUGSCUGCUGAUUUCCCUGCUCUGGAUUCCUGUCUAGAAUGGAGUUGUUAUACUGAUAAUGUUGUGUAACAGAUUAAAAAACCAUCUAAGUUACAUGACUAUCUUGACUUCUUUUACAGAAAGAUAUAGAAUAAACAUUUAGAACAAGUGCACAGUGUUACUUGGAUAUUUUGAAAGUAUCAAAGAACCUACUGAGUUAAGCAGAUUAUUAUUGCAGGGAGUUUAUAUGUUUCUUUUCUUUUUCUUUUUUUAAAAUGGUCUUCCUUAA